GGCUCUGCUGCACUGCACCUCGAAGUUGCACCUGCAACUCUGGAAACGCCCGCCGACAAGCUUGGCUCGGCGGUGAUCCUACACCACCAACCCCAACUUCCGUGAACUACUCCUGGCGUCAUUGUCGCCCCUUCCGCGUCCCCGUGGUCUCUAUCUCUCGUUUUCUUGAGGCCCAUUGGGGUUACUGCUUUGCGCAAUUGUUACCUGCUCCCGUCCUCUGCUCGCAUGCCGCUUUCUAUGGGUGCCUUAUCGCCCGCUCGGUCAAAAUAUGGGAGAAUUCCACCAUCAUCAAACAUCGUAGAAUCGACCAAGGCGCCGUCUCCCUCUCCUUGAAUUGACCGAGCAUCCACCAUGGCCACGACACGAUAUCCAUCGAAUGACCUCCGGCGUCAGGUCGGCUCCCCGAGAUCUAAGGGCCGAGAGAACAAGGAUACGCUGUGUCGCAACAUUGUCAUUUACGGCCAUUGCCGCUAUGAGGAGCAAGGCUGCACUUUCAACCAUGAACACAACAAAAAUCCUUCCCCUCAAGCAGACUUUUCGAAGAAGACAUUCAACGUCGACUCGCCCGCGUUCACACCAUCAAACCAGCCGCAGACAGCAGCAAAGAAAACCACCCUCUCGUCACAGGCUGCGAAUGCAGCUCCAUUUACCCCCCGUGGGGCUGGAACACCAAACCUACAACAAACCGCCGAGACUUCGGUGUUUAACCCGGCCACGAUCAGGGAGUUCACCCCACAGAACUACGAUAUCGGCAACACCACUUCGAAUGGCGUGCCGCAGGAAAAUGGGAUUUACAGUGAUCCUUUCACCACCAUGGGUUCCCUGAGCUCGGCAAUACCCUCCGCUGGGCAAUACAACCUCUACGCCUCUGACCACAACUCUCUCGCGGGUGCUGGGGCACAAUUCUAUCCGCAGCACGGAACCUUUCCCGCCGGACCGCUGCAACCGCCCAACUACCAUCUCUACCAGCCAUAUGAUAGUUACCGACAAGAACUACAACCUUGGCAGCGGGCAACCUACGACUUCUUCAUGCCGGCCAAAAUGCGAGAGGAGCUCCAGAAGAAGAUGUUCGCGACCCAGCAGGUGAUGCCAAAUUCCGGGUUGCCCCAGCUCGAACGAUGGCACUCCCUAUUUCCGCUGGACACCAAUAACCGGAAGAAUACAACUUCCUUUGGGUACCCGAGUUGGGUGUACAAAGCCCAAAACAGCCGAACCGGGAGGCACUACGCCCUCAGGAGGCUCGAAGGCUACCGAUUGACCAACGAGAAGGCCAUCCUUACCGUCAUGAAGGAAUGGAAAAAGAUCAAGAACGGCAAUGUCGUGACAGUCCAUGAAGCGUUUACUACCAGGGAGUUCGGCGACAGCUCCCUCAUUUUCGCAUACGAUUACCAUCCCCUUUCCAAAACGUUGCAGGAACACCACCUCCAACCAACUCACGGAAACCGGUAUAGAGCCCCCAGCGCCGUACCGGAGAAUGUUCUCUGGGGCUACAUUUGCCAGAUCACAAACGCACUCAAGACCAUCCACUCGAACAAGCUUGCAGCUCGGUGUCUUGAGCCAAGUAAGAUCAUCCUCUCAGACAAUAACCGCAUCCGGCUCUCGGCUUGCUCCAUCUUGGACGUGGUGCAGUUCGAGACCAAUACCAAAUCGGUUCCAGAGCUGCAGGAGGAGGAUCUCGUCAAGUUUGGCAAGCUCAUACUUGCCCUAGCUACUGGUGCCCCACCCGCUCACCUGAAUAACAUUCAAGUCGCCCUCGACAGCCUGGUCACGAAGUAUUCGGCAAACUUCAAGGACGCCGUGGCAUGGCUCAUAGCGCCAUCAAAUCCAGGCGAGUCCAAAAGCAUCGAGAACUUCAUCAGCGGCAUUGCCACGCACAUGACCACUUUCUUCGAUCUUGCUCUCCAGGACAACGACGAGAAACAGUUCCACCUUGCGAGGGAGCUAGAAAACGGUCGCGUCGCCCGCAGCAUGAUGAAGCUCAUGGCGAUCAUCGACCGUAAUGAGCUCGGCGGUGUAGCAAGCUGGUCCGAGACCGGCGACCGGUACCAGCUCAAGCUCUUCCGCGACUAUGUGUUCCACCGUGUUGAGGCUGAUGGAAAACCCAAUCUCUCCAUGGGGCACAUGCUGAGCUGCCUGACCAAGCUCGACGCAGGCAUCGACGAGAUGGUCGUCCUGAACAGCCCCGACAACGAGACCGUAUUUGUGCUCACCUACCGGGAACUCAAGCAGAUGUUUGACCGCGCGUUUAACGAACUCGUGAAACACAGCAAGACCGGCGCCCCCGGGGCGAACAACUAGGCGGUGCCACUGCCGAUGGCGCCGGUGUUGCCGAGGUCUCCUCGGACUCCCUUUGCUCCACCCGGGUAUUUUUCGGCGAGCGCCACUCUGCCGAACUCCGCCCCAGUGAGCUCUGGUCCGUCGAGUGCUACUAUGGCGAACUGUAGCCUUCUGAGGCGUGCUUUGACGAAGAGUGGCCCGGCCCGGGUUGGUGCUGGGGGGGACCAACUAGCAAGGCCCGAUCCGGUGCAACGCGCUUCCAUAAGCUUUCUUCCAAAAAGGGAUAUUCCGGCUGGGCCUGUGCUGGCAAGUGGUGGUUUUCUGGGUGGGGGUACAACGACGCGACUGGGGACAGUGAGACAGCAGCCGGUGAACAAUGCGCCGGUGAGAGAUGCGCCAGUGAUGAACACACUGGCUAGAUGCGAUUUGGCGAUGACCGAGCCGAGAAGGAA